AUGAAAAACCUGUGUUUCAGAGUCAUUGUCAUGGCUAUAGGUCUUUAUUGUACUGGAGCAAUGACAAACCCAUCAAGAAAAAACAGUAUUUUUUUCAAUGCUGCAUGCCAGUGGGAUCGAUAUCUUCUGAUAAAUUGUUCCUUUACUGGAAAACUUGGUAUACCUAGUGACAUAUCACAGACAGCAGCCACAGUGGAUGCAAGUUCCGGUUUCUUUAGGGUUCUCCGACAAUCUCCCACGGAAAAUGAAGAACAGAAUAUAAAACAUCUGGACCUCAGUAACAAUCUCAUAUUGACAAUAACCUUAAGCUCUCUUGCACAUCUACAUGCUUUGGAAAUAUUAAACCUCAGCCACAAUGCCAUCCAUUCCAUCUCAGUGGACCUGCCCAGUCCUAAGUCCUCGUGGGUGAAAUGCCACAGAAGCAGCUGCGGAAAUGGGCUUCCGUAUCUAAAGUUGCUAAUUCUUCAAAGAAAUAAACUUAGUGACGUUCCCAAGGGCCUGUGGAAACUGAAGUCAUUACAGAGUUUGGAUCUGUCAUUCAAUGGGAUAUCCCAGAUUGGCGUGUCUGAUUUUCAUAACUGCCUGCGACUGGAGAACCUCUAUUUAAGGAGCAACAAGAUAUUCAGAAUUCAUCCAGAAGCCUUCAAGGACCUCAAAAAAUUACAGGUUGUAGACCUCAGGAGCAACGCUCUGACCGCCAUCCUGCCGAUGAUGAUCAUUGCGCUGGAGCUUCCCCGUCUGGACGCUGACUUGGCGGAUAACCAAUGGCAGUGUGACGCUAGCGUGGCGGUCUUCCAAAACUUCAUUUCCAAACCCUGGAGGAGGAAGUGGGAUGAAAUUUGCAACAAGUCUAUAGGGAGUGAGGAAGCAUCCCGGCAGCCUCCCAGAAGCAGCGUUUCCAGGGAGAUCCAGCUUCCUCACACUAAUUUGAAUCACCUGAAAAGCCUCAGAAGGCACAAAGUGGUGAGGCCCCGGGAAGGAACGUAUAGGCACUUCCCCAUCCUGGAGAACAAGGGCCAUGCCAGCUCUGACACCCGUGAGCAGCAGAGGCGGCUGCCAAGAUGGGUGAGGAGCACCCAGGAUGGGCAAACAGCUGGCGGGAAGGGAGCCACCUCCGCAGACCUCACGCUGGCCAUCUGCUUAUCGGUGUUCAUCACGUUCCUUGUGGCUUUCUGCCUGGGGGCUUUCACAAGGCCUUACGUUGACAGACUGUGGCAAUGGAGAUGCAGAAAGAAAAAACCGAGUUCAGACCUUGUGUAUUGCAAUGAGGGCUACAAUGAGAUGGAAGCUGCAGGAAACAUCCAGCGCCCACGGGUGGAUCUGCACCAUGUUUGCCAUGGCCUAAACCUCUGUGAGAACCAAGACCCUUUCUCGGGGACGGAGGCCACCCCACAGGCUGCUGUCAUUGCUGAUAGGAGCCUGGGAAUGAGCAGAAAGGAGCCUGGCAGCAGGCAGAGCAGGGAACACGGCAAGGACGGUACUGGGGCUGGACGUAGAAAGGAAAAUAGGCUUACAAAUGGCGGCACAGCCUGUUCCGUCACCCGCGGACCACCAAGUGCUGACAGCUAUGCGCUAAUUUCAGCAGAACAGGACCACAUCUGCAGGAAUGAUAUUCUUAGAAAAAUCAAUUAUGAAAGUGAGGCCCAGGAAGAAUCUCUUGGUCAGUAUUCACUGAGGGUCCCUGUGAUAGCUGGCAGAUUACAAACUGGCUCUGGCUCAAUCCACCAGGGUUUGAAUGAGUUAGACCCACCACUGACGAGAUACAUGACAGGUGCCCUCUCUAAAACACAAGCACACAUGGAAGCACAGAGAACUGGAGAGAAUGAGGAAAGGGCACGCACUGAACAGUUGCCUUUGAAGUUUUCUAACGAAAUGCAAGCGAGCGCUUCCAUUAAUUUGCUGAGCACUCGGGGGCAAUCACUCAAGGGAGCCAAGGCUGAGGAAGAACAUUUCACCUACUAUUGUUCGGCCACGCUCAGUGACCUGGCAGAUAUGGACCCAUCCCCAUCAGUCUCUCCUCCAAGAUGGGGCAAUGACCCACAUGUCACUCCUGCUAACGAGGAACCAGUGCAGAAACAUGCUCCUUGGGACACACAGCACGAGUUGGACAUAGACUACGAUUCUGAUUCUGAUGGAGGGUCUUUAUUUACUCUAAGUUCAACAAGUUCAGGAGAUGCAAGAUGUGGGACUGAAGAAGAGGCAGACGGUGAGGAGAGUUGUAGGGCCAGUGAGGAUGAGGACUCAGGGGUGAGGAAGGACAAUGUGACACCAUGUGAGAGUCUUGAGGACAACAUCGCCUUCCAGAAGAGUCAGGAGAAAUGUGAGACUCAGGAGGAUCUUUUUGAAAAACCUCUCAUUUCUAGUUCAGACUCUGAUUUGUACAAGAGUCAUCUGGGAAGCGCCUCCAACACCAAUACACUUGAGAAUCCAUUGACCUUGCCCAGAUCACUGGGCAACAGUCCUUCCAGGGACAAGAUCCCAGACGCAUUCACCUAUGAUUAUGCCUCAGCUCCUCAGUCAGAGGCAACAAAAUGGCACUACUCCCUUACAGACCUAGAAUUUCCCAGCGUGGAUACUUUACCACAAACACCACCAUGUUCUGCUGAAGUUCCCUCGGAUCCUGAUAAGACUGCUUGUCGUGAAAGAGACUUGGACAAUUGUACAUAUGAACCUUUCAUUCAGGAAACAGACACAGAUCCAAACAAUAUUCCCUUGCACAUCCCUUCAGGGGAAAACUUAAGACCCUCACAAGAUUCUGAAGAGGGCAAUGCACAUUCCAACCCACUGGACACUGAUACAAAUGAGGACCAUGGUUUCAGAGAGGUUAUAAGCCAAACACAGCUGUUACCAUUCUGUGGUGAUGAACCAGAUCUUCAGUAUGAAAGAGGAGGAGGGGAAUAA